AUGGAAGGAAGAAGCUUAGCGGAAACACCUACUUGGGCUGUGGCUGUUGUUUGUUUUGUUUUGCUCUCCAUAUCUAUCUUCAUUGAGCACAUCCUCCAUCUCAUAGGAAAGUGGUUGAAGCAAAAGCAGAAAAGUGAUCUAUACGAGUCACUUGAAAAGAUCAAAUCAGAGCUUAUGUUAUUGGGGUUCAUAUCGUUGCUACUAACAGUAGGACAAGGUGUAAUAUCGAGGAUUUGUAUAACAGAAAAGGUUGCCGACACAUUUCACCCCUGCCCAAAGGAUCAUCAUCAAAACACUAGUGCCCGGAGAUUACUUUCCGAUAACCAAAAUCACCGUCGUAUUUUGGCGGCCGGAGGAAGUGACAAGUGUCCUCCGGGUAAAGUCCCGUUUGUGUCAUCGGAGGGCAUUCAUCAACUCCAUAUAUUUAUCUUUGUGCUCGCUGUUUUUCACGUCCUUUACUGCAUACUUACUCUGGCUUUGGGUAGGGCAAAGAUGAGAAGGUGGAAACGAUGGGAAGAGGAAACCAAGACAGCAGAGUACCAAUUUUCACACGAUCCUGAACGGUUCAGAUUUGCGAGGGAGACCUCGUUUGGGAGAAGGCACUUGAAAUUCUGGACCCAAAAUCUUGUCCUUGUUUGGAUUGUUUGUUUCUUCAGGCAGUUCGUACGUUCAGUCCCUAAAGUAGAUUAUUUGACCUUGAGGCAUGGAUUUAUGAUGGCUCAUUUGGGGCCUCAAAGUCACAUGAAAUUCGACUUUCGACAAUAUAUCAAAAGAUCUUUGGAAGAGGACUUCAAAGUUGUCGUCGAAAUCAGUCCUCCAAUAUGGUUCAUCACGGUAUUUUUUCUCCUGUUUAACACUCAUGGCUGGUAUUCUUAUCUAUGGCUGCCAUUUGUUCCUUUGAUUAUCAUUCUAUUAGUUGGAACCAAGUUGCAAGUGAUCAUAACAAAGAUGGGUCAAAGAAUUGAACAAAGAGGAGAGGUAGUAAAGGGCGUGCCACUAGUGCAACCUGGAGAUGACCUAUUCUGGUUUAAAAAACCUCGACUUAUUCUCUACCUCAUUAAUUUUGUGCUCUUUCAAAAUGCUUUUCAAAUGGCCUUCUUUUCAUGGACUGCGCUUCAGUUUAGGAUGACAUCUUGUUUUCAUUCCGAAACAAAGGAUAUGGCAAUCAGAAUCUCAAUGGGGGUCUUCGUUCAAUUCCUUUGCAGCUAUGUGACCCUUCCUUCCUAUGCUCUCGUCACACAGAUGGGUUCAACGAUGAAGCCAACCAUAUUCAGCGGAAGAGUAGCGAAGGCUUUAAGGAAGUGGCACCACACAGCGAAGGAGCACGUAAAGCAGAACCGUGGAUUGCAAUCACAUAACUCUUUGCCAUGCAAGCCCACAACCCCCAAGCCCCCUACGUCCCCGGCCCAACUCCUUCGCCACUGCCACAGUCAAAUGGACACCUAUCCCUCAUCUCCGACAAGAUCCGAUUCGGAGGCCCAAUACCACUACGAGAUCGAUUCAACCUCAUUCUCCGACGAGCAUCAUCACAAAUCCAAGGCUGUUGCUGAUUCUAAUUCAAUUCAGCUCCAUGAAAUGGAAAUGGGCCACCUGGCCCAUGAUCAACCACAGAGGGACAAUGAGCCCAGCUCUACCCUUGAGGGUUUAGGUCUGAGUCACCACGAGAUUCAUAUUGAACAUACCAAAUAAUUUACAUUUUAUAAAAGAUGACUACAAAUUUUAUAAAAGGGUUUCGAGGUAUUGGAUAAUUACGGAGGAAGAGAAAA